AUGGCUUCUCAGUACGUCUGCGGCCAGUGUAAUGAAACAAUUGAGUCGGAUCGAAGGGAUGAACAUGAAGAUUGGCACUUUGCAAAGAAACUAGAAGCCGAAGAGCAAGUUGAGCAUCCGCGGCUAAGUCAGUCUCAGAACGACUCGAAUACUCGAAAAUCAGACCAUAAGCAAAGAGUGGCUGGGACAAGAGACCAGCCGCCAAGUUAUGCGCCACCGUCAUAUUCACCACCACACAGUACUGCUCGAGCAACCGCAUCGAUUCGGCAACAUACGAACCAGGUCAUCGAAGCGGCUCAGAUACGGGCUAGAGAUGAGCAACAAAUGCAAAAUGCUCUACAGAGUCUUCAGUUUCAGUACCAGAUCUACAACAGCGAAAUUGAACCCGAACAUGAAGCGGACUACUAUUGUAACUGUCCUAUCCACAAUUAUCAGCAGAUGAAGUUCCGCCGGUAUGGAGUGCAGGAUAUGUGGUCGAAAGCAGUCAUGUAUCCUGGUGAGAAGGCUUACAAUGACAACAAGUUGGGCAUGGGCCUGGCCCUGUUGAGUAGAAAUCCUUACAGGUUCCGAGUAGUGUCUCCGUAUGGCUACUAUCAGUCUUCGUGGGGCGUACAACGCCCAGCCCCCGGUUACCACGCCCAAUUCAUUCAUCAGACCAUCGCUCUCAACAACAGUCUUAACAACGAUGCCCAAGGUAACGUUGAUGCUCAAGAGCCUCCAAUAAACAUCUGGAAUGAUGAAACUCCCAAUACCGCAAUGUCUCAAACCACGUCUUCCGAAGAUAGAAAGCCUGAGAAACCCAGCAAAGUUUCGAGGCUUUCUAGUUUCAAGCAAACCAUUGGCAUAAAGUCUUCAGAAGAAAAGAUGGCGAGCAGGACGCAAAAGCUGAUGGCCAAAGGCCGUGAGUUACGCGAUUCAAUCAUUGCUGAGGAGAACGGGAGGUGGCCUGACGAGCAGUGGCGGCAUAUCGUGGCAACAUACCAAGAAAAGGUUGGCAUGAUCAGAAAGAUUGCUGAUCUUCGAUCCCGGCAACCCAUUCAAUAUCUCCACCUGCUCAGAAGUGGCUAUUUCGAACCUAUCCCAGUAGCAUGGGCCAACCAAGCUUCCAAUCCGCUGAAGUUCACCAUCGACGCUGCUGCAGGUUGGAGAGGAGUUACCCCUGCGUGGAGAGGCUACGAGGAUACUGCGGAAGAGAGGCUUUACUGGGUAUUGAACCAUCGAGAAGGAAGUACAGGAGUCAGAAUGAAGCCGGAUUUUAUUUCCGCAAUGGACAUGGCACGAGCACGAAUGGCUACCGCUGUUGAGCCACCACCCGAGUAUUAUUCUAGCACUGAUACCUGUCACAUCCAACACACCUCGGCCGGAUAUUCGAAGCAAGUCAUGCCAACACCUUUUGUGGCCUACGACCGACCUGAAGUACCAACCGACGACACGAUGAUUCUGCUGGAUGUUUCUGGGUCAAUGGAUUUUGACCCGGUAAGACCAAACUACAACCAGUACCUCAUUACAGGAUAUUCUAAGUCCACGCAACCAAAAAACAAAGAUGUUGCAAAGGCAAUCAUCCGGCGCUUCAGUGAUGCCAUGGCAAACCAUGAUCACGACUUUCGUGGCUAUGAUCUGACUACCUUUGCAAACUCAGCCAACUAUAUCGGAACGAUAAACAACCAGAAUUUUGAUAAAAUGUGGCGUAGGGUCAGAAUAGGAGGGGGAACACGGGUCAUGACCGGAUGGCAAAAGGUCAAGGAGUUGCAUUUCCAAAAGCACUCCGAGUCGGCGACAUAUCAUCCAGUAUAUGGAUGGCAAGCUGGGCCCGACACGCCAAUGCUGCGCUUGCUUCUGCUACUUGAUGGCGAAGCCACAGACAUGGACGAGUUCGAACUCGAUCUCCUUGGGCUGUCGUGGGCCCAUGUCACCAUCUUCCUCAUCGGUGUGGAUGGGUGUCCGCAUCAUCAUCGUCAUGCGAAUGAACUACAGCGCAUCAGCGAUGUCAAUCAUCAUGUCUCUUUCGUUGAUGCACAGGGCAAUACUCCCGAGCGCUUUGUCACACACGAGCUCCUGAAGAGACAUUUGGGAUACGAGCUAUCAAUGGCGGAAUUCGAGCAGCUGGAAGAAUUGCCAGGGUACACGGAAUAA